AUGGUACGAAAAAGAAAAGGCAAACAUGGAACUUAUCAAGUGGCUAUUACUAUUAUCGAAGCUAAAUAUUUAGCACAAAAUGGCAAUCCAAUGAUCGUAGUUAAAGUCGGACAUCAGAAGAAAAAAACCGUCAUCAGAAAUCGUACUGAUUCACCGUAUUACAACGACUAUUUUAUAUUCAAUUAUACCGGAGACUUUGAUACAUUUCUCCACACACGGAUUUCAAUAUCAGUUUAUUUGAAACGGUGUUUGAGACUCAAAUUUUAUGGAGGAAUAUUUUUUGACGUUUCCACUGUUUGGGAUCAACCUGAUCAUGAGUAUUAUCACAAAUGGGCAAUGCUCACGAAUCCAAAAGAUCCUACGGGUGGUCCAAAAGGGUACGUUAAAUGUAACAUUGGUAUCAAUGCUAAGGGCGCGACUAUCCCGAUGCAUUUGGAGAGUGAUGGAGAUGAAGAUAUUGAAGGAAAUUUAUUGAUGCCAAUAGCUAAUUUUUUUGAAACUGGACGUCAAAAAGCACAUUACAUAUUUAGUGUCUACCGAGCAGAUGGAUUGUCAUGUAAAAAUACGAGUCAGUGCUGUGCGGACGCUGAUAACAUUGUUAAUCCGUUUAUUCAAAUAUCAUUCGCUGGAAUGAAGGGUGAAACGAGUUGGCACAGUGCAACUUACACUCCAAGAUUAAAUCAAAGAAUAAUAUUCACCGAAAUGUUUCCACCUCUAUCGUAUCGCGCUAGAAUCGCAAUAAAAGACAGAAUUGAUAGCUGUCGUUCAAAAACACUAGCAACUUUCACACUCAACCUCGCAAAGUUAUCUAAGUCUGGGGAAUAUGGAUUUCUACCGACGUAUGGACCAUCUUUUGUUCAUUUUUACAAUAGUGCAAACGAGGGUCCUGAAUGUUUGUGCGCAACUAAGUGUCAGAAUACGCGACCUAUUUAUCAAGGUAGAGUGCUCCUUUCUCUGAAAACAGAAAUUGAUGAUUCCGGAGCUCCUAUUAUUCCAGGAGUGGAUACGGAACCAACAGCUUCUAUCAUUGAGCAUCGAUUAUGGACGACAGAAGAGUAUUUACUAGUUGGAAUUAUUUACGAUGCUAAUAUGAUCGAUCGAUCGAGAUUUAUGAGAAAGCCUAUAAGUUUUGAAAUAAAUAUCGGCAAUGCUGGUAGCAAAAUUUUUCCUUGUAAUACUGAGACUUAUGAUUAUUUACUGAACCAAGUAAUACUCGACAAACGUCCUGAUUUUGUGAGCUCGACUGCGCCUAGAUUAACAGCCACGACAGAUGGCAAGUUUAAUUACCUUCCACUUGGUUCCAAUAAACCUUGCAUGUACGUUAAAUCCUGGUGGCCAAACUUGGAAUGGAGAGUAUACAAUACCAACAGUCUUUUAUACAUCGCCAACUUCCUCGUAAGUAAAUUAAACAAAUUGGAAGCACUAAUUGCCGUAGAAAAUCCAGCGGCAUACGAAACUUAUAAUACUGUAAUUGAAUCAUUAAAAUGUUACUGUAUGCAUUACUUGUCUAUAUUGGAUACCAAUGUAUAUAACGAGAAUGGCGGAACCACAAAAUUGGACAGACACCGGAUUAAUCUGUGUCACUAUUGCAUACAAGAUAUUAUCACGAUGAUAAAUGUCAACGGCAAGCUCCCUAACAAUAACUACAUCAAAAUUGCAAUGUUGCAUGCAUACAAAUAUUUGAAAAAAAUACUGGAUAUUGCCGAGGACCCUCAACAUUCAUUUCCGGAUGUUUUUAUUUGGAUGAUAGCCGGCAGUAAACACGUAGCAUUAGUUCGUAUACCAGCGUCAAAAAUAAUUUUUAGUGAAGAUGAAAUGUCACGUGGAACUAAGUGUGGGCAAAGAAUAAAUUUAUUCAUGAAAAAUAUCACCGACGGAUUUAUUGACAACAACCUUGUCGAUUAUAGUGCAUGUAAUAUUGAAAUUUUUUUGUGGUUCGGAAAUGCCAAGUUUGCGUCUGCUUUCUGGAGCGCCAUCCCCCACGGAUACGAUGUCGAGCACUCGGUAAACAUGGAAUUAUUUCCCAAGACUUUCAACUAUACUACAACUUCGAAAUUUCAAUUACGAGCUCAUAUUUUCCAAGGUCGUUUUGAUUCGGGACUGGACUCGACAGGUUUAAUGGAUCCCUUCAUUCGUAUUAUCUUCCAUGGCUAUACUGCGACUACUAAAUCAAUCAAACAAAGUUUAGCUCCAGUCUGGGAUGAGACUUUAGUAUUUCCUGUAAUCGAUUUGUAUGGAGUGAAGGAGAGUAUAAAGUCAAUGCCACCUCAACUCAUAAUAGAAGCAUUUGAUUGGGAUUUCUGCGGACCGAAAGAAUUGUUUGGCAGAUGCAUUGCAGUACCAGUUGUUAAAUUUAAAGAGGAAGCGUAUUCUCCACCGGAAUUUCCUCCGACUUUGAUUUGGUAUAAACUCGAGACCGAAUCCGAUUUCCAAGGAAGUGUUUUGGCAGCCUUUGAACUUAUUGAAAAAGUGGGUGAUGCUGAUGUUAAUUUAACUCCGUCAACAGAGUCGAUAAGAUACAAUUUACCUAAUGACAUUCGUCCAAAUAUGAUAAGUCAUCGCCUGGAAGUUAUAUUUUGGGGGAUAAGAGACAUGAAGAAAAUUAAUUUUGUACGAGUAAAUAAACCAAGAGUUGUUGUUGAGUGCGCGGGGAUUCAUAUUAAAUCAGAAAUUAUGAAAAAUGCUAAAAAGUUUCCUAAUUUUCGUCACACUCAUGUCAUUAUUGAUUUGGAUUUACCCGAAAGAGAUAUUUAUCAUCCACCAAUUACAAUACAAGUAUAUGAUGCUCGUAAAUUUGGAUGCUUUAAAUAUGCAGGUGUCUGCAUAAUACCAACGGCUCAUAUUUUUUUAGAAAAACUAAUUAGUGAAAGUGAAUAUAAUUAUAAAAUAUAUGAUCAUGACGAUGUGGAAGAAUCUUAUCUUCGAAAACCUAUAUCUGAACUUAUUCUACCACUGCCAAUCGGUUACGAUUUAGAAAAAGAAGAACAAAAAAAUUUGAUUAGUUACAAAGAACUUGCAAAAAGUGGAUUUAAUUAUCGAAUUGCUCAGUUCUGGACUAUCAUGAAAGAAUUUUUAUGUAGUAGCAAAGAUCAAAUAAAAUAUGAAGAGGAAAAUUAUCAAGCUGACGAGGAUGAAAGUUAUGACUGGUGGAGUAAAUACUUCGCGUCUCUAGAGAUUUAUUCAAUGGAAUUAGAAAUGCUACAAGAAUUUAAUGGAUUUCAAGACAAAUUGACAGUAUUCGAACUAUCUAGAGGUAAAGACACCGGAUGUACAGAACGCGACAAAAAAAAUAUAUCAGGAAAAUUUAAGGGACACAUUUCAAUCUACCCUUGGUCUUACUCCAAUAAAAGUAAAUAUAAAACUAAAAGUGGCAGAGACAUUUCAUACGGGUUUCUUUCUGACUAUCCACUUCAAGAACCAGUUAAACUUAUCGUACGUCUCUACGUCAUAAAAGGAAUUAAUUUACAUCCAUGUGAUCCACUCACUGGGAAAUCAGACCCUUAUUUAUAUAUUAAACUCGGAAAAAAGAUAAUUAAUGAUCAAAAAAAUUAUAUACCCAACCAAUUAAACCCUAUUUUCGGCAAAUGUUUCGAAUUGGAAGCCGAAUUUCCAAAAGACCAUUCAUUAAUUAUUCAAGUGUGGGACUGGGACGCAGUGUCAGCAGAUGAUUUGAUUGGUGAAACGGUAAUCGAUAUCGAAAAUCGAUACUAUAGCGAUCAUCGCGGUUGUUGUGGGAUAUCAAGAACAUACAGUGCAUCUGGAUAUAACGCUUGGCGUGAUCGUGAGAAACCCGUCCAGAUCCUCGAGUCCCUUUGCAAACGGAACAAUUUACCCUCCCCGGAGUUUUCAAACUCUUGUGUAACAAUCGGAAAACAAGAAUUUCCAUUUCAUGCGACAUUGAAUACCCGAGAGGAGUCAGAGCUAAGAGAACGUAUGGCAUUGAAUGUACUCCAUCAUUGGGAACAUUUUCCAAUUUGUGGGCUUGCAUUAGUUCCGGAACAUGUUGAAAGACGUCCAUUAUUUAAUCCCGAACGUCCAGGACUUGAACAGGGUAAAUUGGAGCUUUGGGUGGACAUGUUUCGCAUCGAUGACCUACCUCCUAAACCACCUAUCAACAUAACCCCCCAAAUCCCGGAGGAGUAUGAGUUGCGCGUUAUUAUAUGGAAUACGGAAGACGUACCGCUGGUGGACAACCAAUUUCUCUCGGGCGAAAAAUGCUCCGACAUUUACAUUAAAGGUUGGAUCAUGUAUGAAGAUUUACAAAAGACUGAUGUUCAUUACAAUUCAUUAAACGGCGAGGGCAAUUUUAACUGGAGGUUUAUCUUCCGUUUCGUGUAUUCAAAGUCGGAAAAUUUGAUGGUUGUUAAAAAAAAAAUGUCUAUUUUUGCGAGAGAUGAAACUGAACAAAAGUUGCCAUGUAAACUGUGUAUUCAAGUUUGGGAUAGUGAUCAUUUUUCACCUGAUGAUUUUUUAGGUUCAUUAACGAUGGAUUUAUCACGUAUGCCACGCGGGAGUACUAAUUCAAAAAAUUGCACUUUAAAGGUCACGGAUCCCAAAUCACCUUCGGUCAGUCUAUUUAAAGUAAAACGUAUCAAAGCUUGGUGGCCAUUUAGUUUCGUCACUAAUGAAGGAGAGUCUAUUCAAGCGGGUAAAGUAGAAAUGGAAAUGGCUCUAGUGCCUAUUUCAGAAGCUGAAGAGGAACCCGUGGGAAAGGGUCGGGAUUCACCUAAUCCCUUACCGCAGCCUGAUCGACCAGAUACAUCAUUUUCCUGGUUUCGUAAUCCCUGGAAAGCCUUUUGCUUUGUUGUGUGCCGUUAUUACAAAUGGCGAAUGAUAUGUUGCUGUUCAAUGUUUCUGAAUGAUUAG